CUGUCAAAUUAUUGAAAUAAAUCAAAUCAACAAAAAUAUUUUCAAGAGCAGGCCAUUGGACGAAAAUUUCAAGGAGGUUCUCCAAUUACCUAGUAAACAAAAUAAGGUUCAUCAAAAUAGAAAAAUGUAUUUGGCCGGAUAUAUACGAAAGAGCAAUUAUUUGAUGACUGACGAUGAGUUGCAUCAAUGGCAACGCAAUGCAAUAGUUUGGUGUGAAUUCGACAACUUUUUGAAUAGUAUUAUCGAUGGAAAUCUGCCUCAAGUUUCGGAAAUCCUAGAAGAGUCAGCCAUCAAUAUGGCCAUAGAGUCGCAUGGUAUCCAACAGAGGCCAAACAGAGUGAUGCUUCCAAGUGUACAGACCAUCGAAGCUGCAAGCAUGGACGACGACUUAAACUUCUUUGACCAGCAAGCCAUAAAUGCUGCAAUAGAAUUUCAAGGUUUAGGAAUACCACCGCCAAUUUAAAUUAAGUUUAUCUGCAAAUCUCGAAAAUAGUUUUUAAGAAGCGUAUUAUUAAGACACUCACUGUUCCUAUGCAAUAAUUAAAAGAAUGUUUCAGUUUAAAUAACAA